CUGUGGGUGUGUGAGAAGUCCAUGUGAGUGCAUGGCCGUAUCUGAAAGAGAGGAGACUCGUGAGGGUGGCGUUUAGAUUAAAAAAAAGGUUUGGGUAUUUUUGCGUCUGUGGUUUUUUUUUUCUCUCUCUCUCUCUCUCUCGUUAUGAACGCAGAUACGUGCGUCUCAUACUGCGAUAUGACAUCCAUGGAUUCAUAUUAUUCACCUUCACCGGGGUAUGGAAGAAUCCAGCAGGCCAAUCCUUACAGCACAUUCCAGCCGAGUGACUUGAAAUAUAGUCCCACUUUUUUGCCAGGCAAAGGUCAAGCUUUCGGGGAAAGGCCGAGGAGCCCUUACCAACAGGAGUGCCUGUCGCUGGACGAUAGCACGCCCGAGAGCGCUUAUAAGUACCACGUUUUUAUGCAGAGACCCACAUGCAAAACUCCCCCCGAAGAGGGCAAACUUCACCAGGACGGCGCACUCAUUUCUUGCUAUGGUAAAGAUGGCACUGGACUGACAGAUAUAGAAUUGCCUCAAUCUGCCGAUCCCACAGGUAUGGAUGGUAGUUACAUCAAUGUUAAAGACCCUGGGGUCAAAGGCCAACUAGAACAUCCUGUCUCUGAGCUUGGCAGUCCUCUGAACAAUAGUGAACCCGAGAGCAACAAAGGCAAGAAGAGAAGGAAUCGUACCACCUUCACCAGUUACCAGCUGGAGGAGCUAGAGAAGGUUUUCCAGAAGACACACUACCCAGAUGUCUAUGGCCGUGAGCAACUGGCUCUCAGAACGGAUCUCACAGAAGCAAGAGUGCAGGUGUGGUUUCAGAAUCGUCGGGCAAAAUGGAGAAAAAGAGAACGCUUUGGUCAGAUGCAGCAAGUUCGGACACACUUCUCAGCGGCUUACGAGUUGCCUCUUCUUACACGACCAGAAAAUUAUGCACAGAUUCAGAAUCCGUCAUGGCUAAGUGGCAGCAGUGCAGCCUCACCAGUGCCUGGUUGUGUUGUAUCCUGUGACACUGUAGCAUCCUGCAUGACCCCUCACCCUCACUCUGCAAGUGGCGUGUCUGAUUUCCUGGGUAUGCCCAGUCCAGGUGGGAACAUGGGACAAACACACUUGGGCAGCCUUUUUGGCAACCCUGAAGUGGGUGGAACCGUGAAUGGCUUUGACCUCAACGUUGAACCAGAUCGCAAAUCCUCCAGCAUCGCCAGCCUGCGCAUGAAGGCAAAGGAGCACAGUGCUGCAAUCUCAUGGGCCACAUGAUUCCCUCAUCUGGGACACAGACGACCAGACAACCUCAGCCCUGAGCUGUCAGCAUAAAUGAGGUGAAAGUUUAUGCCAUCUGGAGCCAAUAUGGACAAAAGAAAUGGAGGCUAAUACGAUACUAUGCUUGGAGAAGCCUUAAUUUGUAAUUUUGUUUGGAGGAAUUGGAUGGUGCUGUAGCACAGGGUGUUAAAUAUGAGGAAACUGAUGGGACAGUUACAAAAUGAAGAUUAUUUUAUUAAGAAAAUUACUUCUGUUGGACCAUCAAAAUAUCAGUAUGCUCUAUGUUGCCCUAUCUGUUACCAGACAUAAAUGGUUAAAGUUAACUUCAAAAGUUGUUGUGCAGUCACAUAAAUAAGUGCCAGUGCUCUAUACAUGAUUCCCAUAUUCAAAGUCUGAGCUCAAUCAGGCUGCUCCACUUAGACAAUAUAACUAAAUAAAACAUUUUAUUUGCAUGUAGCUACAUGAAAGCGUACUUAACACAAAUUUUCACAUUUCACAAAUUUUAUCAGAUUUUUGAAUGAAAUGCCUGAGCAGGGCACAUUGCUUUAGUGCAUGGUUUAAGUGAGUCUCGAGAAUACAUCAUUCUACAUGCAUCAGUUCUUUUGCACUUGACUUUAAACAGCCCGUAAGUUGGCAUGUUGCUUUCGAAUGUUCCAGUACCCUGACAUUCGUUCUUAUCCUGCAUUGAAGCUAGGAAGUAAUUGCGUUUGCAUAAUUAUUGACAUGCACGAUUCUGAGGUUCCAUUUUCCAUCUAACAAUACAUUUUUACCCCGCUGACAGUUAGGCUUAGGGUUAGUGUUUGAGGGUACAGUUAACGAAAAAUCUAUUACUCUUAACUGUAUUAUAUAAUUUACAGCUAAGUACAACUCUCUUUUGGUUCACCUCUGUGGGCAUGUCACCAAGAAAAUGGAGCUCAAAUGGACCUUGUUUUUUUUAAAACACUUCCCGCUUUGGCCACUGGGGGCAUUGCUUCAUAUUUUACUAAGCAAGUUCAAGUUUAGCUCAAGAAAAGUCAACCUACUGUUUCCAAAUUCACUGAUCAUGUAUCGUGGCAGUUCCAAGGUAACAAAUGUCCUCUGAGUGGUGCAAAAAGCUAGUUACAGAACAGAAUACGUUUUUAAAGGUUAAUGCUCUGUUGAAUUUUAAACCUACAGAACCUACCUCUCUACCCUAAACCUAACCGAUAGUGGCUGAAUAAGCAAAUAAGAGAUGAAAAAUACAAUUGCUGAAGCAACCAUGUCAUUUUACGGUGCUUCUAUGACACUUUAGUCUCGCGUGUCAACUUGCGUGCUCUUCAGGACUUGUACCCUAGUUCUAAUGCAAUGUUAUAUCAUUAAAGCUACUGUGCAAUAUAAUUGCCACUGAACAAGCUUGUAAAUGUUAAUAGUUAUGUAAUGUAAAUGUUAAAAUGCCUUACAAGUCAUACACUAUAGUAAAAGUGUUUUGACAUCGUAAGAUAGCAUUGUGUGGGAAACAGGGCAAAAAGUAUGUGUUUAUGAAGUGAUCAACUGCCCUUCUACUCAUGUUUUGUGUGAAAGACAAAAAAAUGCCUUUGUUGUAGAGCCUCUAGUGUUUUAGUAUUUCACCCAUUAUCUGUUGCAAUUCACACAAAAUGUCACAUCAAAUUUGUUUUCACAAAAAUGUAGACUUGGUAUAAUAACAUGUUUCUGUGAGACCAAGGUGGCAAGCUUUUGUCCUCACCAGGCUAAACUAGCUUAACCAGCAAGUCUCCCUUGGUCAGUCAGCUUCAUCGGAAGACCAUGAUGGUCUACCAAGGCAACACCAAGACUUACCAGCAGAAGCCAACUUGGACUAGCAUGAAUUACCAUCUAAGCCAUCUAAGCUUCCAUCAAAAUUCCAUCUCCAUACAUCACUCCCUGUUUGGGACUUUUGCAAGGAUCAGCAUGGAACAAGUUAUAUCAAAAUCACACACUCAAUAGAGACAACACUCAUCCAUUCUUCAUAAGCCAAUCAAGCACUAGGAUUGCUCAAAACCUUUUAAAACAGACCUUUUUCAUGUGAUAUCUACUGUAGCAAUUUGGUCUUUUUUUCUUCAUCCUUUUUGUCCUCAAGUUCCAGAAAUACUCCCUUUAAUCACAGCCACAUUCUCUAAACCAGAGGUAAUAGGACAUUGUUUCCAGAUAAAUGUUGGAAUGCUGUGUUUGUUUUGUGUUAGCAGGACAUAGCCCUAUCACUUGAGCUCGAACAUAAGCGUAACUUCGUUAUUUUUUUGGCUCAAUCCAGCAUGCUCUUGCUCCAUAGGGCCUUUGCAGCAGCACUAGACCUAGUGUUUAGUGUCAGUCAUGGGCUGUGCAGAGUGGGUCAUCACACAAAGGCUCUGCUUCCUGUCAACACUGGCCUCUGGACUAUUCUGAAGAGAGCCUCUAGGCAUUAUAGUUCACUAGACUAGCCAAUAAUGUGCAGCAAGAGGAAACUUGGUUUGUUUCUUUUGUGCUUCUUAUCAGAUUAAAGAUAUGUACGUUGCAGUUGUUUUAAAUUUACAACUAAACCAAUCUUUCUGUCCCAUAUUAUGAGACCAUUUAAACAUCCAAAUGAAAACUAUACAUGUCAAUUAUUGUAUCUCUUCUUUAAAUCAAUUAAAACAAAACACACUUUACAGAGUUUCUAACAGAUGAAUCAUCAUUCCACCUCUUUUAAUGUUAAAUGCUAGAGGUCUAGUUUGUGUAUUUUUUUCUACAGCAUGGCACCAUUGUUCUUUUCCUCAGUUUAAAUACUACUGAGAUGUGCCGAUAAAAUGAAUAUUGUCAUCAGUUCUUUGUGUUUUUACAGCAUGCACUUUGGAUAAUCUGGUGACUUGCUUGUUAUGUGUGUUUUAAUGAAUUAUAUAAUUUCCUGGUUUGCUUAUUAUUCCUGAUAAAAAACAAAAGUUUGUUCUGUAAAAUUAUUUUAAAAUUUGCCCCUGAAAAUAUUGUAUGUAUAGUUUGUAUUGCAUGUAUCUUAUGUAAUGCAGGCAUUAAAGACUAGAUGGUGUUUUUAAUAAAUUAUAGUAAAAUGGUUAUGGAAACACUCAAAACUAAACACAUUAAAAAAAAUGUCUACUUUAUUUCCUUUACUUGAGAAGACAGUAGUUUGUUUUAACAAAUAAAAUUGCUUAAGAAGUAUUGUCAGCAAGUAAAAUCAUUCACCUCUGAGCUGUCUGAACUUCUGAUUGUUUGGACAUAUUAUUGGUCUAAAAAUAUGAAAAUAGUAAUAAAUCAUUGGAUUACAUACAUUUUAAAUAUACAAAUUUUUUCAUAGCACAGAAUCCCAUUAGUAAACCUAGCCAGUGAAAUAUUGUGGAAAAUCAAGCAAUGAUUUAUAUGUAAAUGGCCACUUAGCCACAACAACAACUGUUCAAACCGAUGCCCAAUUGGACUAACAUUAUUCUAGACCGGCGGUUCUCAACCUUUUUUGGGUGAACACCUCUGAUAUAUAUACAGUAUAAAACUGGAUCGCUGAUGCAAUGUUAAACUGCUAGAAGGAUGUGAAGCCACCGGAAGUGUUUGAGCGGCCAUGUUGGUAUGCCCAAACUGCCAUAGCAUCAAUGACUAAUGAAGCACGAAAAAACCUUCUGAUAGGACAGUUGCAUUUCACCCUCUAGUGACAAUCAUGUUUAAUGUUCAAUUAGCUUGUUAUGAAUAUUCGUUGGAGAAGAUAUACACGGAUCGCGAUGUCAGCGCAUUUAUCUGCCCAGGUGUUCAGCCUAUCAGUACAGCACAACGAUCACCAAAGAAAGCAUCAAAACUGUCCACAAGUUGUAAUGUAAGAAUGAAAAUCUGUAAUAUUAGCUUGUUUUGAGGUAAUAAUAUAUCCAUUUGCCUCAGAUGGUCUUUAAAAUGUCAAACCGGGAUUUUAAAUUCACCUAAAAUGCCUGGGAUUUGCCUGUUUUCAUAUUGAAGCGCUCGCUGUUGUCAUACAUGGAUACAUGUCAUAAAUUAUGUGUUCAUUUGCCAUUUAAACCUAGCAUAUCAGUUUAAUUUUAAAACUUUGCUUUGCAUGUCUCCCUCUCUGUGUGUGUGUGUGAUAGAGGGAGAGAGAGCAUGUGAUCUUAUUCAAGUGACUGUGAGAACAAUGCACGUUUUGAUGAAAACAUAAAACUCUGA